UCAGACCCUUUAUCAGAAGAAGAACUUUUCAAUACGGACUAGUACAAACGCCGGCCUGGCUGCAACAAGUUGCAUUUCUCGACAAAGUCUUCAGUACAGAACAAGAUGGAAAUAAGCAGACGACAAGGGCAGUGUGACAAUCAUAAUAUGGAGGAUAUAACAGAUAGAAUGUCGCUUUUCGUAAUGAGAGAUAUCAAUAACGAGGAUGGUAAAUCUGGAAUAAAACAAAAAGUGGGUACAAAGAAACAAAGGAAAAUCAGAAAAACGAGCGUCACGUUGCCAAAAAUAAACACAGAGCUACAGAGUAUAAAACGAAAGCGCAAAAUAUCCGCCCCAGAUCAAAUAAAAAUGAGACCACUCAUAUAUCCACGAUUUCCGGAAUGCAUGGACGACCUAUUGGUAUCAAGAAAUACUUCGUCAGCUAAUUCAAAAUGGUCUGGAGGUGAUGAAGUUUUGUCCGAGGAAGAAUUUUCAUCACCAGAACCAUCAGAGAUGACUUCUCAUUCGCCUGUACUAGAAGAGUCUAGUUUACCAUCUGGUCCCACUGGAUAUGCAGGCACGUGUACCCAUCAACCAGCCACGUGUUUAUGUAUGAGGUGUCAAUUAAUGUCAAAAAUGUCCAGAGAAUCCGAGAAGAAUGUCCAGUUUUGGGGCAAAUCGCAAUGCUUUAGAUUCUGAUCUGCAUAGUUUAAUGUAUUUUGUCUACAAUACAUUUAUAUACAAACAAUUAACAAUAAUUCAGAUUGUUUAUUUGUAGUAGUUUGUAAAUUAAACUGUAGUUCAAUACUUCAACUUUUCAUUUUUAGAAAACUUUGCUAGAUUAUUUUAUUUGAGAA